AUGAGAUUUGGGCGUGGGCGCGACGAGCCGGACCCCCCAGAUCCGGUCUUUGACGAAGACCAAGAUCUCAGCGAAGUUUGGCCGCAAGUCGUGCGGCAGUAUGAGGAUACCACCAAAAAGAAAUUAGAUACGAAGACGACCUUCAAGAACUUCCAGCUGCAGAUCGAUGCAGACAUCAAAGAGUCUACGACAAAAAGCCAUCAACACGCUCGGACCGUUCUCAACAAUGUCGGAACUUGUCUUGAGAAAUUUGGGAGCAUCGUCGCUCAAGGAGCGAGUGCAGUCUUCGGGCCCACAGCACAAUGCUGGAAUGCGAUAAGCUUCGUUAUUCAAGCAGUACGGGGCUUCAGCGACAUGAUGGAUGGGUUCGUCACUUUGAUGGAACGCUCGUCAGCCUUCCUCCGACGCCUAGUCCACUUUAUGGAGCAAGAAGUGGGUAAAGACGGGUCGCAUCUGCCUCGUCUUCUACGUAAGCCAGCAUACGAUAUUCUUUCACAAUUUCUUGGCGUGCUUCGAUCUUCGUACAAGUUGGCUACCAGCACAAGAGAGCGGGUGAAGGCUAUGGCUGGAAUCAUUCUCUUCAACUCAAAUGACCAGGUUGCAGAGUCACUGAAGCUUAUGGAAGAUCAUAUCAAAGACUUCACCAGAGCCGAGGUUGAUGAUAUACUGUUAGGCGUCAGAGGACUUGCAAAGCAUCUUGAUAAAUCUGACGAGGAAAGAGCCCGCCACCAGACUGAAAUCCAAGAAUAUCUCCAGGCCACAUACAAAGUCAGCGAUCAGGUUCUGAGCGUUACUCAGCAAAUGAAAACUACUUUGGACGGCAGAGCUAGCAAGGAGCAACAGAAAGAGAAUCUACUCAAGAUAGCAAACAACCUGGGACUAAAGAAGGCUGGAGAUUGGGAGACGUGGAGCAAGCGACACAACGAGCUCUGCAAAACUCACGUGCUGGGGACGGGAGAAUGGCUCAGUCAAGACGAGCCUAGAUUUAUCCAGUGGGCUGAUCUUGAUCAGCACGACAAAAACGUCCUGUUCCUGAAGGCCGACUCCGGCUUCGGCAAAACCCAUCUCUUCAAUCACGUCGUUUCUCAUCUUGAAAAGAAAUGUCGAACUCCGCGUGGACCAAACCAGACUUUUCUGGCGUACUACUAUUAUGGAGAUGACAAAGAUGACUCCCUUGAACGGUGCAUUGGAUCCAUCAUCUACCAGUUCGCAACCGCUGAUGUUGGAUAUGCUCAAGCUGUAGUCGACGAAUGCGGGCGACUCACAAGUAUUGCGCGAGCUGAAGAUCGAUGGAACAACCUCCUUUCGGGAUUACAGCAUGCCAUGAAAGGGACGUACUUCAUUUGCAUGGACGGUUUCGAUGGUCGUGGCCAGCUAGACACGGCAGAGGCAAUGAUGUCAACUAUUGCACGUCAAGCUACGUCUUCACCUAAAUCUAACGGAAUCUCUCUACGUCUUUUCAUAUCCGGCAACGAAGACGCGCUUUCUGAAGUCUCACAAGGAGUCGAAGGCAUCCACACUAUUGUUCUUGGACCACGUAGAGACUCCACCCGAUACAUAGAACAAGUUGAUGAUGACUCGACUAUUGCAUCGCUGUCAGAACCACUGCCAAACGCAAGUGAUUUGGAGGCUGUCACGAGAGCCCGAAUCAAUGACGUAUGUAAAACUAAGCCUGCUCUGAAGGCAAUUCUUACCGAAGCAAACGUAGAGCUUCUGCUCGAAGGUAUUCGUGGAAACUACAAAAGUCUUGAGGCCAAAAUAACAGAGAUCAACGCUUGCGACACCAAAGGGAAGGUUCAGGACGUCAUCAAUAACACAAGCGCCGAUAUGGAUACCGUCCAAAGAAACAGGGUCCGGACGCUUGACGCACUUCUGAACUCCCGUCAGGCUCAGGUGCUUAAUGAUCUCCUUAUUUGGGUUGCCGGCUUGAGUUAUCAACCACCGACGAAGUUGCUCGAAAGCGUUCUCUUCUACAACUUUGGCGAGGAGUUUCUCCUUGCCGAUCAGAUUGCUACUACCUACUCGCCUGUACUUGUGAUCGACAAGGAGGGUAGGGUAGGAUUCAAGGACGGCCUCAGAGACAUCCUGUCCGCGAGCGAUACCUCGGGCCCCGAGUCUGCACUCUCCCAGUUACAUGCCGAAGCAAUCAGCGGAGCUGAAGUCAGCCUCUGUCGUCGGUUCAUCAAAAAUGCUUGCGACCCGACGGAUUACGCCAGAUUCAGGUUUGAUGAUUUCUUCGAGGCUAUGGCACAGAAGGUCCACAUUCACCUUGAUGACGAGAACGCUGUGAACGUUACCAUCCUCGACUUAUGCAUUCGUGCUCUUUUCGACGGUCGGAAAGAAGGGAAUCUCGAAGAACUGCGCGACUAUGCUUCGAAGUGGUUCUACUCACAUCUCAAGAUCUUGGUAGAAGCGCUCGAUGACUUUGAGCCGAGCAGGAAAUUCCUGAGCGACAUCGGAGCCAAGCUGGUUGACCUGAUAUACGACCCGAAAAUGAUCGACAUGUGGUUCCUUCCAAAGAAUCUGACGUGGCUGAAGUACGACUUUUUGUAUCAAGAUGACUUCAUUGAUCCCUUACGGAAGUUUCUGAAGAAUCCUCAAGUGGCAAAAGGCUAUGCAAGGGAUGCAGAGAAGUCUUCGUGGGUGAAGUCUGUCGUUUCAGAUACUGCAACCAAAUACUCCAUUCUCGAACGCGUUGCAGCUCGGUUGGCGACCCAUUGGUUUAGUUCUAUGGAAGUAACAGCAAGAGACUAUCUUAUGAACUCAUACGGUAUUAUAGCCAAAAUAUCUGAUCCAGAAAAACCUUUCGAGGAAUGGAACCCGCCUUCCAUCGCAGAGGUCGAAAAGUUCAUCUGCUGGGCGAAGGAGCACAUGGAUAUCGAUAUCGAUAGUUUCACUUGGGAUUACCGUGUAGGAGCGACAAAUAUUGUCUUUGAGCAUUACAAGGAGGCCAUUGUUGCAUUGGAAAAAGCCGAGCAACACUUCCCGUCAAAUUGGGGCCUCCUUUACAAUCUCGCAAAGGCUCACGAGAAAGAAAAGAAUCACCGCACGACACUCAAGUAUAUUCAAGACUUCAAAUCGCUCGGCCACCUCUUUCUCAAAACGAAUGAUGAUUACAAGACUGCGAAUUGGGAAUUGCUCUUUGUAGAAGGGGAUUGUUACCGACAGUGUCGUGAAUACGACCUGGCCGUCAAGUCUUUUCAGGAUCUUCUGGGGCAAGACAUUGAUGAAGACUCCGAUAUGAGAUGGGCCCACGUGGAUGCCGCUUCGGGACUCUUCACAACCUGGAUCGAGACAAAAAGCUACCAAUCUAUCGUAAAUUUCGUUCGCAACUGGAAGACUGCAACAGCCCAAUGUCCUGGCCCCACUUAUUGGUUGCGAAGAACAGCAUAUUACGAUCCUCUCCAUACGAGUAUCAUCGUAGCUGCGAAGCAUGCUGGAGCCGUAGAAGAAACUAUUUCUUUGUACCAGGAGGCUAUUGAUUACAAGCCACCGAGCUCUUCCGCGGCAGACGAGCACCCGGUGGACAUUUCUCUAGAGGCGACAGAACAAUUGCAGUACUUCCAAGCCGUCCUGAGAUUCCACGGAAGUAGAUCCCGACAAGAUCAGCAUCAGAGUAUACAGUGCUGGGAAGAGAUUGUCCGACGAUCUGACGAGAAUCCAGCGUUGUAUUGGACGGCACGGAAUGCUAGCUUGCGGCUAGCCCCGACUCUUCUUGACAAGGCAGUCGCUGAACUUCUAACAGCCCCAUCGAGCUCUGCGGAAGACUACAUCAGUAGGUUGGAGAAGCUCGCCAACUUGAACACUACGGUAGUCUGCGAUCUUCGCCAAGGGUAUUUCGAUCCUCGUCUCUGUUUGGCGAGGCUGUACUGCCUGAAGGAAGAUCAUACGUUAGCUUUCAUGCAGGCACAGGCUCGUCUUUGUAGUGUUUUUGACAAGUGGCCUGAGGCUCCAGACGAUGAAUCACUUACGCUUCGUUUCUCAAACCUUGCGCAGACAUUGACUGUUCUCGACAAAGACGUUGAUGCUAUUGCAGCAUGGCAAGCAAUCAAGCCAUGUGAUCAGUCGCCUGCCUCGGGAGCGGACGCAGAUGUUCCAGGUCAUGAUAAGCCUACACAGUCAAGCUCUGGAGUAUCUCAUACAGAUGGUGUAGCUGCGACUUCUGAAAAGAAGCUUGAAGACAGUCCAGACGUAUCCUCGCCAGCCACGACUACGACAAAAGCGUACAUAUCAGGAUACAGCUGCGAUGGGGAUUGCGAAACGGAGUGGAAGGACGUGUUGGCUGACUGUUGGGUAUGCAAGCACUGUCUCUGCGUACAGUUUUGCCCAGGAUGUUACGAUAAGCUUCGGGCAGGCGACCUGCACCCUCUGGUCUGUAACGAGGACCACAGAAUGCUUAAAUUACCGCCGUUUGACUGGAAUGCAUGGCGCACUAUGCCAACAGGCAUGAUGACUGUGGGUAAGACGCUAGUCUCUCGCUCAGAAUGGGUAGACAGGAUUCGCAGAGAGUACAGUGUGCAACAGUCACAAAUCGAUCUCAUUAAAAUCGAGAAAGCUAGGGAACUGAAAGCUGCCAGUGUCAUUGCGGUACAAUGGCGCAACAGAUUGCGGAGGAUUAGAGCAAGAAAACCGUCGACAGUACCUACACUACGUCGGGUUAAGACAGUUGGAUAG